AUGAAGAAUCCCUUGACCUUGCUGGGGAGAUGGACUGGGAACCCUGCCCAGGAUUCCGGCAAGGAAGAGCUGUUCAACCCCAAGGUAUGUGUGUUCCGAUUUCAACGCAGCCUUAAGUUCAACGAUAACUUCCAUGCUCAAGUCGUCACUGGACAGGUACAUCUCAAUUAUGUUCCACCUGAAAGGAGGAUUACGAUGCAAGAUUUGCUCUUGGAGCAGAGUGCAACCGCAUCUUCUGUUGCUGGAACGACUCCAUUCCCUUUGCUAUCACCGAAAGGCGUGAGAGCCUAUCGAAAGGCCCUAUUUCAGCGUGAAGUUAUCAACAAAUGUGCAAGCUCGCCGUUUCCGGGGACUUUGGUUCUUCGUGAUGCAGUUAAACACUCUCGAUUCAUCAAGGACUUCUGGACGCAUCCUGAAACAAUGAGGAUAGUGUCUGAAGCAUCUGGUGUACCUUUGGAGGUGGUCAUGCCCACGGAGAUUGGCCAUACAAACAUUCAAGUUGAAGGGACCACCAUCCUAGAAAUGUGCAGUAAUCUGAAGGUUGAGCCGUCUGUUGAAAAACUGGAUUUGGGCCCCGAAGACAGAGCUUACGAUCCCUUGACAGAUAAGAGCUCCAUCAUUCCGUGGCACUACGACUCUUAUCCUUAUGUUUGUGUGCUGAUGUUGAGUGAGACUGAGGGUAUGGUUGGAGGAGAAACGUAUAUCAAGAGAGGGGAUGGCAAAGCUCAAAAGGUCGAGGGCCCCCAAAUCGGCCAUGCAGUGAUGCUCCAAGGAGGCGAAGUUGAACAUCUGGCCGCUCGCGCUAAAGGAGUCAAAGAACGCAUAUCCACAAUCACUUCAUACCGGUCAAAAAUGCCGAAUGUGUACGAUUCCAGCUACAUUACCAAUGUCCGACCUUACGCAGACCUCAAUUCUCUCUACCCGGAGUGGACCCAGUACCGUCUGCGAAAAUUGAGGGACGAAAUUACCUACUAUCUCAACAAGGCUGAAAAGGAACCAGGCUCACCUUUCCAGCGGGAGGAAUUACAAAGCCUCAUAAACCUGCAAAUUGAUUACUUGCAGCGAACAUCUCGACAGAUGAUCUCUCCCGAGUACCAAGAGCAAAUCCUGAAGAAAUACGGCAGAGCAGCGUACUAUGAUGUCUUCAGGAUCUGGGAAACUGUUCAAUCCCUUCCAGAAUUCGAGAGUCUCGCAUCUUCCACAGAUCAAGAGCGAGGUUGGAUGCCGGAAAGUGCAUAUUGGAUGGACUUUCAGAAGUCGAUCGAGACAAUUCGCGUGAACAAGCCGCUUCAGAGUACAUUUGGAAUUCAUCCAUGGACUAAAACAAGAAAGUACUACAUGGGCGAUGAACUUUUGCGACAGGGACUUAAUGAGGUAUUCUUGGACUGGCUUGGGAGCUCGGGUCUAUGGGAACUUUAUUGCAAGCGAUGA